CCCGUAACCUUUUUUUGGCAGCCAAGUCGGGAAAGGAGUCCACCUCGGAGUCCGAUUCAUCCUUCUGUGAUUCGCUUCUUGGCAGCUUACCUUUCUUAAACAGCUCCACCCAACGCAAUUCAAGCCAGCAAAACGACAUCUUCACAUGAACAGAAAUCACAAACAAAAUGGCAAACACAAAACUCUCCCAAUCCCCCUUCCUCAGCAUCAUCGCGACAGCAUUCGGUACCAUCUCCUUGGGAUUUGGCAUCAAUUCCAUCCUCAAUCCCAUGUCCGAACUCUCCUUCUUCGAACUUCAAGGCCUGGCCGCAACAGCAGAUCCAAUCCUCAUCGAAUGCUUGAUGAUUGCGUUCGGAGCGAAGCUCAUCGGUGCAGCGCUGGCUGUCUUUGCGACCGCGUUCUUUGGGUCUCGGAAAGCGCUGGGAUGUGUCUUGAUUGCAGGGGGCGGGGUAGCGGGAGUUGAUGGGUGGAUUUGCAAAAGUUAUAUGGGGACGGGGGAGUGGAAUCAUUGGGGAUAUGGUAGUAUGAUGGUGAUACUUGGGACGGUUUUGAUGGGUAUUUUGGAUGGAAAGUGAGGAGCUGUUCCUGGGCUGCCAGGCGAGAGGAAUCGAGGAAGUGGUCUUGGCGUUCGCUCUUAAUGUUGCAAAACGACAUCCUGCUCCUAUCGUACUAUCAGGUAUCACAAUCGAAG